AAUCGUCAUGCCAACUUGGUUUCAAUUUCGACCACAUUCAAACGUCGCUCUGACGUUUACGGAAGACAGGUUAUAAAGAAACACCAGGAGUCAGUCCGACAGGCAGCAGCUUGCAGGCAGAACGAGAGUUUUAAGAAUCAGAAGAACGCGCAUUCACCGGCGAAUUUAUAACUUAAAACUUUGGCAACUAGCGCAGACGUAGUACCGUUACACGGAGAUGGCAAACAGCAAUGCCAAUGGGAGUACCAACAGUAAUGUGAAUGGGAGUGCCAAAGCUGGGCUGCCAGGGGAUAUGGAUGGCAUGGAGGACAGUGUGGAGUUCAGGUUGAUGAUGGUGUACGCCCAGAGGAGGAGACCUAGGGAGGUGUUGUGCCCGCUACCUCAAGGCACAGACACCCAGCCGGGUGGCACACAGACACUAGAGGUCCAUGCAGACACAUUUAAGAAGAAGAAGAAGAAGAAGGGGAUGAGAAUGAGGCUGCAGAGCUUGUUGAGCUGUAUCCGACCCCACAGAGACAGUACAGCUGUAGCAUCAGGACCACCAAGAACACCAUCACCACCACCAACGGGCACCCAGAGAUCCUCCUUCAGAUCCUUUGGCAACGUGAGAGAUGAGCUGGAGAAGGUAGCUGACCGGUUGACUCAGAUUGCUGACGGAGUGAGCUCCAGUUCUGGGGACCUGGAGACUGACGGAGAGGAAGAUGCUAUAGAGAGGCUGGUGGGGCUUCUGCUGAGAGGAGCGGGAGACAAACUUAAUGAGGAGGUACUGAAGGACGCCUCUCUGUCCUCAGAGUUCUUUGGCUACAGCUUGUAUGAGAGGACCAUCUCCACCUUCCUCAGCAGACUUGGCCUGACCUCGGACCCCAGCACUCAGGGGUCACCCAGGGCCCAAAUCGCCCUGACUUGUGAGGUGACCAGUCGCCUGUCAGCGGUGGACAGCCUCCCUAUGAGCCGGGUGCUAGGAUUUGGAGCCAAAUACCUGCAGGAUCACUUCUCUUCCUGGGCCAGACAGCAGGGUGGAUAUGAGGAAGCGUUUGUGAAUGAUGAGGAGGAAGUCGACUGAGUCAGAGGGAUUUUCCCCAUCCUAUACACCCAUUGGUUCUUCCCGAUUAUCUACCCUUUUCCCAAAGUAUGCUCUUGCACACUUUCUUCCAUGGAUCAGCAUUUCAUUGGUGUAGUUAUUGGCUAAAGUGAGUUUCCAUCUUUGUUAAAUACAUGAUGGGAAAGGGUGGAGAAUUUGGAUGUAGCCCCCCUCUAACCCCAACCCCUAGAGAAGUUUCAACUCAGGUUAAUAUAUUGCAUGCCCAAUUAACAUUGAUUUUGCACAUAGAAAUAUAGACUGUCUUCCAGAGUCAUAGUAUAUAAGAAACUGUUCAUCUCAAACCCUAUUCCUUUUUUUGAAUUAUACAUUGAUAUGAUAUAAGAAUGUAUAUGAAAGUACAGUAUUCAGGUGUUUUUGUUAACAUUUUAAUUGGGACUAUAGGAAUGUAAAAAAAAAAAAAAAAAAAAAAA